UGUGAAUUAUAUGGGUAAUAGGCCUCAAUAAUUGCCAUAAUAAGUCUAAAAGUAGUCUGUACCUUAAACAGAAGAGUAGAAGACGAAUAAACCUGUUGUUGUUACUACUGUUAUGGAGAAGAAAAAAUAAGAAGACAAUCUUGAGACAGAAUUUUUUAAAUUUUUGGUUGAUAAAAGUAGAAAAGAUAAAUGGAAAAAGUAUUUUGAAAUAUAGAAGAUCUUUAACAUGGAAGACUUGCUUUCUUCUUAUUAAAUGAAUAAAGAAACAAAAACUGGUAAAAGACUUAAUGAAGCUGAAAUAUAAAUUCUAAAUAACUAUCUAUUACGAUAAUAAAGAGCAGAUGAUGUAAAAAUUAAUAUCAAAGAAAUACAAGAUUUAAAAAUAUUUAAAUAACCUGAACCUUCAGAUUAAUUUUAUCUAUAAAUCAGAAACAUUUUAAUAAUAGGAAUAACAGGAUAAGGAAAAUCAACAUUUAUUAAUAGUUUUGUUACAGCAAUAGAAAAGGAAUUUAAACCUAGAGAAAAAAAAUAAUUUGAAUUAGAUUAUUUUUAAAUCAUAAAAAUUAAGGAUUCUUAAGCAUAAUCUGAUACUAAUUAAGUUUCCUCUUAUAAAUUUACUUAUAAAAAUUGCUUACUUAAUCUAAUUGAUACACCAGGUUUAGCAGAUACUUAAGGUCCUUAAAAAGAUUAAGAAAGGAUUACAUAAAUAUCUGAAUACAUUAGAGAUGAACUUUAUAAUAAAAAUUAAAAACUUCAUGCAGUUUUAUUUGUUUCAUAGUCAUCUACUUAAUAUGAAAUAAUUGAGGGUAAUCCAUCUCUUUUACAAUUAUCAAUGUUAAGUAUUUUGAAAUUAUUUGGAAAAUAAAUGUGUUAAUUUACAAAACAUUGUCUUACUUUUUCAGAUUUCACAGCUACAAGUACUUAAAAUUUUGAGAGUUAGGAUUCUAUAUUUUAUUCAAUUAGGGAGGAAUAAAUUUUGAUAAAAUAAAAAAAAAAAAAUUAAUUAUAGACUAAUAUAAUUCAUGAAACAGCUAUUCAAAAUGAAAGUGAAAACAUAUUUAAUAGUAAUAAUUUAUAAGAAGAAGAAAUAGCUAAUUAAAAAAAAGAAGAAUUUUAUUAUUAGUUCUAAAACUCUGUAUUUAGAGCUGAAAAAUAAGGAUUCAUUGAAAAUAUACAUUUUAAAAAAAAUUUUUAAAACUAUCAAAAUCUAUUUGAAUUUAUAUGUGAUCCAAAUAAUGAAGGAUUUAGUUUAGAUGAAACAACAAAUGUAAUUUAGGAGAGAGCAACAAUUAAAUAUAAAUUAUAAGAUCUUUAAGGACAACUCUUAAUUUUUUUAAAAAUUAUAAAGUCAAUAGAUGAAAAUACUCGUAAAUUGUAGAUUUAUCAAAACAAAGCAGAAGAUACAAAAGGUUAUGAAACAAAGCUAUUUUUAACAGAAUGGGAGAAAAAACCUAUUUUUAAACAUGGUAGGAAAGCUUACUCAACUAAUUGUAUGGAAUGUAGUAAAACUUGUUGCUUAGCAUGUGAAAGUUAGAAAUUGUAAGAUUGUGUACAGUUGAUUGAUAAAUGGGUGGAAACUAAAUACAUAAAAUAUUGUGAAUGCGGUCAUUCAAUUGAUUUUCAUAGUCAGCAAGAAUUUUCUUAUCAACCUAAGCAAGGUAAUAUAUUAUUCUAUCAAAGUUAUAAAAACUGAAGUUAAUGAAGAGUUAAAGAGUGAACAUAGUAAUGCUUAAAAAAGUAAAGAAAUGAUUGAUGGUUUACUUAAAGAAUAAAAAGAAAAGCGUAAGGCAAUAAAUAAAGAAAUUCUAAAUGUCUUAAAAAUAAUGAAAGAUUGUUUAACUCAGUUGUUGUCAUCUGCUCUUUAUAAACUUGAUAUACUUGAUGUUGAGGCAAUCGAUUUUGUUUUAAAAUUCUAUCCAGAAUACAAAAAUGUUUUACAAGAAUUUAAAGAUAAACAAGAACUAUUAAUUACAUCUGAAACAAGACAAUAAAUUAAAAAAGAUAGAUUGUUGGCAUCUAAAACACUUUAAAGUAUUUAAACUUAAUAGUUUUAAAGUAAAUAGUUAAGGAGAUCUUGA